UAAAUUUGUUUCGCCAGUGGAUGUGAAAUCACAACAAGAUUGAUAAUUUGUUUCGACCUGACUGGCCACAUAUAUAUUUAGCAAUGCACUAAAUUAUUAUAUUAAACAUUUUUGUAUAAAUGUUAAUAUAUAUUAUUAUAUCUAAUAUUGGACUAUUGAAAGUUUGAUGAAGCAACGCACGGCGCAGAUUCGUGCUCCGACGAGUCCGACAUCCAAUGGGAACGUCUACCUCGGCGCACACAGGGAGAAACGCCAGGUGCCGAGGUGCACACGCAGCAACACACACACACCGGUGCGCGGUCGCGAGCAGCUGGCGGGGGAGGUGCGCAGAAUCGGAAAAUCGGGAUCGCGCCGAUCGCGGGCGCGGGCGGCUCAUUGCAGUAUUGCACUAUCGAGUAUCGUACUAUCCAGCACUAUCGCAGUUCGUCAAGGCGUGUUCGCGGGGUGUACGAGUGCGAGCCGGAGAUAGUAACGAGACGAGGAUGGGAUUGCCGUAUGGCGACGAUGAAUCGUGUCGCGAUUCGCGACCGCGACCGAUCGCGUAGCUCGGGAGCGUUCGUGGAGCCGGAAGCGGGCUCGGUCGGCGUGAACGCGGUACCGAGGCGGCGGCAACGCCUCGCUUUCUGACGAUCGUCGUCCCCGAGGAGAAAGAGAGAUUGAGAGAGAAAGAGAGAGAGAGAGAGGGAGGGAAAGCGAAAGAGAGGGAGAGAAAGAGAGAGAGGGAGCUCCUCCUCUCGGCGGAGAACGAGACGCGAAGAGGUCCUCCGUCGCGCGAGCUGCUUUUUUUGGCGAGCGUCGCCGACAUGAACCAGACGAGUCGCGGACGAGUGAAUCGCGUCAUCAGUCGCACGAACGGCCCCGUCAGCUGAUCGUUUGUCGCACAACGAAAUGUGAGGUAGCGAGAAUUACCUACCUACCUACCUAUCUACCUACCUACCUACCUACCUACCUGUCUAUCUACUCACCUACCUAACGUCAAGCCAGAACGUGCUGCUUCCGCACACGCAUAGCGGUGCAGUUCCGAAUUCACGCGGCCCGCAUUUUCCUCCCCGCGCGCAAACUGGGACUGAUCGCGCGCGCAAAGUGCGGGAGGCGGGAAGCACAGCGGAACAAAUCUGGCACGAUACCGGUUAGAGCUUAUAUGAGAAUAUGGGGAACAAGAAUAGCUGUUGCGUCUACUCCAGUCCACAGGUCGGGCGCAAGGAGGUGGGGCCUGAGUGUGCCACGCGCAACCUGGAAGAGCGCUUGCCGGAGGGUGGGAUUAGCGUUAAUAAUUUGCAACAUAUCAGUGAACGCGAGCCAGAGGACUGGGACUCCGAUCCGUCGUUGCAUCCAUGUGCUGGGACUAUCUUCAUGGAGCGUUCCAAGCAAGCUAUCGAGAAUGGCAUGGUGAGGAAAAAGAGUCAACAUCAAAUAGCAGACACAAGGCCUUUGAAGAAGAGCAGCAGCUGUAGUACAAUAUACUUAGACGACAGUACAGUUUCGCAACCUAACUUAAAGAAUACCGUCAAAUGCGUUGCCUUAGCCGUUUAUUAUCAUAUUAAGAAUAGAACCUCGCAGCGACAAAUUGAUAUAUUUGAUGAGAAACUGCAUCCAUUAACGAGGGAUGGUGUUUCUGAUGAUUAUGACAAACAUAAUCCGGAGCAUAAGCAGAUAUAUAAAUUUAUAAGGACAUUGUUUAACGCCGCUCAGCUUACCGCUGAAUGUGCCAUUAUAACGUUGGUUUACCUUGAACGCCUACUUACUUACGCGGAAAUAGAUAUAACACCAGCCAAUUGGAAACGUAUAGUGCUAGGAGCUAUUUUAUUGGCAUCUAAAGUUUGGGACGAUCAGGCGGUGUGGAAUGUGGAUUACUGUCAAAUACUGAAAGAUAUUACAGUAGAAGACAUGAACGAAUUAGAGAGACAAUUUCUGGAGAUGCUGCAAUUUAACAUAAAUGUUCCUUCGAGUGUAUAUGCCAAAUAUUACUUUGAUCUUCGUACACUCGCAGAAGCAAACGAAUUAACAUUCCCUAGUGAACCCCUUAGUAAGGAAAAGGCGCAGAAGCUUGAAGCUAUGUCCAGAGUUUAUGAGGAUAAGGUCACGGCUGAGGCUCUACGUACUGGUAUUAAAAAGUGGUCCAGCUUGGACAACGUGUGCAUAGGCGGACCUAGGCGUAGCAUCGCUAUUUUAUCUUAAACAUAUGUAUGGACGUAAACACACAAAUGCAUGGUCACUGCUCAGAUUUUAAAUGAAGGUAUGUGAAACUUUGUAGAGAUACAUUAUUGUUACUAAUCAGUUUUAAUAAUUUUGAAGGGGAUUGUUUGGAAUUGUACCAAACAUCUGUGUUACACCUCUGUACAAUUAUUAUGGAAUAUCUGAUGUAUUAUAUACAUCUCGUGGCAAACUGUUUUUAUAUAUUGUCCAAACUAGAUGUAAACGUAUCUAGCGAAUAUCGUAUGUACCAUAAUGGAAGAAUUUUCCAUUGCAAUAACAAACUCUUAAAUCUAAUCGUUGUAUAUGUACUUUAAAGUUUAGACAUUUCUCAAUUUAUUAUAAUUUCUAAUGCGUUAUUCUUGUUAUCUGCAUUAAAGAAUUAUGAGGCACUCCGAUAAAGAAAAAAAUUCUAAAUUUGCUUUUUUUGGAAAUGUAAUUACUAACCACUUUGAUUAAUCUUCCAUUAAUUUAUGGAAAACUAUAAAUAUUAAUUUUAUUUUUCAACAAAUGUUUAUAUAUUUCUAUUGAUUAUACAAAAAUUCUAUUGUCUAGGAUCUUACCAUGUGGAUGUAAACAAAGCAUAUAAGUAUGUGAGACAUUGACGAAAGGGUGAGAAAGAAAAAGUUUUUAGUCGUAGCAUUAUCUGUACUGUCCUUAUGGGAGAAAA